CUUUGCUUGCCUCCUGGUUCCGCGCGCCGCGGUCGGCGGGGACUCUCGGGAGCGAUGCCGCUGGAUGUGAUUUUAGCCGUGUGGAUCUGCGCGUGCACCGCCCGAGCAGUUAUGGGUAUUGGGACAGACCCAGACCUUCAGCUGGACAUUAUCACAGAACUCGACCUUGUGAAUACCACCCGAGGAGUUACGCAGGUGUCUGGAUUGCACAAUGCCAGCAAAGCAUUUUUAUUUCAAGGAAUGGAGAGAGAAAUCCAUGCAGCUCCACACAUGAGUGAGAAAUUAAUUCAGCUGUUCCGGAAUAAGAGUGAGUUCACCUUUUUAGUGACGGUACAGCAGAAACCAUCAACUUCUGGAGUGAUUUUGUCCAUCCGAGAACUGGAACACAGCUAUUUUGAACUGGAGAGCAGUGGGCUGAGAGAUGAAAUCCGAUACCACUAUCUCCAUAAUGGGAAGCCCAGGACAGAAGUAUUUCCUUAUCGGAUGGCUGAUGGACACUGGCACAAGGUCGCACUGUCCAUUAGUGCCUCUCAUCUCCUUCUCCAUGUGGAUUGCAACAGGAUUUAUGAACGAGUGAUUGAUGUUCCUGACACCAACCUUCCUCCGGGAAGCAAUUUAUGGCUUGGUCAACGCAAUCAAAAGCAUGGUUUAUUCAAAGGGAUCAUCCAAGAUGGAAAGAUCAUUUUCAUGCCUAAUGGAUAUAUAACACAGUGUCCCAACUUGAAUCGCACUUGCCCUACUUGCAGUGAUUUUUUAAGUCUGGUGCAAGGAAUAAUGGAUUUACAAGAGCUUUUGGCCAAGAUGACUGCAAAACUCAAUUAUGCAGAAACAAGGCUUAGUCAGUUGGAAAACUGUCAUUGUGAGAAGACCUGUCAAGUGAGUGGAUUACUGUACCGAGACCAGGACUCCUGGGUUGAUGGAGAUCAUUGUAGAAACUGCUCGUGCAAAAGUGGAGUUGUGGAAUGCCGAAGGAUAUCCUGUCCCCCUCUCAAUUGCUCCCCAGACUCCCUUCCCGUGCACAUUGCUGGCCAGUGCUGCAAGGUCUGCCGACCAAAAUGCAUCUAUGGUGGGAAAGUCCUUGCAGAAGGCCAGCGGAUUUUAACCAAGAGCUGUCGGGAAUGCCGAGAUGGAGUUUUAGUAAAAAUUACAGAAGCCUGCCCUCCCUUGAACUGCUCAGAAAAGGACCACAUCCUCCCAGAGAACCACUGCUGCAGUGUCUGUAGAGGUCAUAACUUCUGUGCAGAGGGACCUAAAUGUGGUGAGAACUCAGAGUGCAAAAACUGGAAUACAAAAGCUACGUGUGAGUGCAAGAAUGGUUACAUCUCUGUCCUGGGAGACUCAGCCUACUGUGAAGAUAUCGAUGAAUGUGCAGCUAAGAUGCAUUACUGUCAUGCCAAUACUGUGUGUGUCAAUUUACCCGGCUUAUAUCGCUGUGACUGUGUCCCAGGAUACAUUCGUGUGGAUGACUUCUCAUGUACAGAGCAUGAUGAAUGUGACAGCGGGCAGCACAACUGUGAUGAGAAUGCCAUUUGUACCAACACUGUCCAGGGACAUAGCUGUACCUGCAAACCUGGCUAUGUGGGGAAUGGAACCAUCUGCAGAGCAUUCUGUGAAGAGGGUUGCAGAUACGGUGGGACAUGUGUGGCUCCGAACAAAUGUGUCUGUCCCUCUGGAUUCACUGGAAACCACUGCGAGAAAGAUAUUGAUGAAUGUUCAGAGGGAAUCAUUGAGUGCCACAACCAUUCCCGCUGCGUUAACCUGCCAGGGUGGUACCACUGUGAGUGCAGAAGCGGUUUCCAUGACGAUGGGAGCUAUUCACUGACCGGGGAAUCCUGUAUUGACAUUGAUGAAUGUGCCUUAAGAACUCAUUCUUGUUGGAAUGAUUCUGCCUGCAUCAAUCUAGCAGGGGGCUUUGAUUGUCUUUGUCCCUCUGGGCCCUCUUGUUCUGGUGACUGUCCCCAUGAAGGAGGACUGAAACAUAAUGGGCAGGUGUGGACUCUGAAGGAAGACAGGUGUUCUGUCUGUUCCUGCAAGGAUGGGAGGAUAUUCUGCCGACGGACAGCUUGUGAUUGCCAGAAUCCAAGUGUUGACCUUUUCUGUUGUCCAGAGUGUGACACAAGAGUCACAAGUCAAUGUUUAGACCAAAAUGGACAGCAGAUAUAUCGAAGUGGAGACAACUGGACUCAUGGCUGCCAGCAGUGUCGGUGUCUGGAAGGAGAGGUCGACUGCUGGCCAAUCACUUGCCCUGCUUUGCACUGUGAGUAUACAGCCAUCUCAGAAGGGGAGUGCUGCGCUCGCUGUGUCAGUGACCCCUGCCUGGCUGAUAGUAUCACCUAUGACAUCAGAAAAACUUGCCUGGACAGCUCUGGUGUUUUGAGACUGAGUGGUUCUGUGUGGACAAUGGCUGGAUCUCCCUGCACAACUUGCAGAUGCAAGAAUGGAAGUGUCUGCUGUUCUGUGGAUUUGGAGUGUCUUCAUAAUAAUUGAGCUGUCUAAGAUGGACUUAUCAUUAUGGGAGAAGUUACCAUCAAACAUGAUAAAGAACAGGAAUUUGUUUCCUUUGCCACGACUGAUGACCAAAGUCACCAUCUGAGGAAGGUGUUUGGGGAUUGCCCUUUGGACCUAUCACUUUGCUCACUCUUGCUAACCUAGUCUAGGUAACCUACAGUACCGUGCUUUUAAGUCUAUGGUUGUUAAGAGAAGUUUCCCAUGUUGUAAAUUAUAUGUGUCCUGUAUUAGAUCAUUCACACACAUGUAAAUGCUCUCAUGGUAAAUGAUGUAAAUUUUUUGUUGGUUUUGUGUACUUAGAGAUUCAGCAUCUUUUAUUUUUUGGCUCAAACUUGACAAAUAAAGUUGCCUGUUGUGAUUUUGUCCCAUC